GCAAAGGAAGGUCUUGGAGAUGCAACAGAGCAAACAGCAAGCAGAGCCUGAAGUCGAUGCCAAGGAGGUGGAAUGGGCUCGAGGGGUUGCCAUUCAGCUGAAUGAGGCUCUUAAGGCUGAAGAUUUCAAGAGGCCGCAUCAUCAGAUCUGGAAGCUCAUCGGACCCGGUCUCAAAAAGAAGGACGCAGAUAUGCUCUUUAGCGAGAUCCGACAGCUGGUUUGGGAAAAGUGGAACCCCAUUGCCUGGCAGCAUGGCUAUCGCACCUCCUGGGAUACCUUGGCCAGGAAAAGCUUUUGUGCCCGUGUGGUGGACGUCGCAAACGCCGACGUGGCUGAGGUGAAGGCCUUGGUAAGAGAAAUGGAGGAUCGAACGUGUUUGGAGUGGCCAGACAUUGCCGAAGCGGUCGAGAAGAUCAAGUACGACGAGACUUGGGCCUACACGAAGCGCGAGGAUGGUACCUGGGGAACGUGGAACGGGCCAACCUCCUUGUGAGUGCCCUCCACAGGGCGUCAGGCUCGGCAUCCGCAGGCUGCGUGCCUCUGCCCCGGUGGUGCCGUGCAGAGAAAAACGAGCGACGAGCUUCGGAGCUCCACUGGUCCACUGGACAUCACCC